AUGUCAUACGACCGUUUGAAUUCACUGGAGGCGCAACCGACGACCUGGCGGCGGGAUGACGAUCCUCAGUAUCAGGAUGACCCUGAGUUUGCGCGGUUCACCGAGAAUCUGUCGAAUCAACUGUUUACAUUGACAUCGAAUAUAUCGAAUCUGUCGAAGCAGAUUGCACUCCUAGGGACGAAACGGGAUACUGAGAGGGUGCGAGAGCGAGUUCACAACCUUCUUGAAGAGACAAGGUCUGGGUUCAAGGAUGCAGGCGAGGCUAUCAAGAAGGUGCAGACGUGGGAGGAUGUUAAUCCCUCUCAAAAAUGGACGCAACAAAAGCUCUCCUCCGAAUUCAAAGCAGCCCUAGACGAAUUCCAAACCGUCCAACGCCGCGCUCUAGAAAAACAACGAGCCUCCGCAGUCGCUACAAGAGCUGCCUUACACGGAGACUCGGAGCAACACACAGGCGAGCAUGCGGAAGGACAAGACCAACAACAACUCCUCCAACAACAAGAACAACAACCCCGGCUCGCAAACCAAGACGAAGUUGACUUCCAAGAAGCGCUGAUUAUCGAGCGCGAAGCCGAAAUUCGAAACAUCGAGCAAAGCGUUGGCGAAUUGAAUGAGUUAUUCCGCGAUGUGGCGCACAUUGUGCAUGAGCAAGGCAAUCAGCUUGAUAUCAUUGGCGAGAAUGUUGAGAAUGUCACGAACGACACGCGCGGCGCAAAUGUUGAGUUGAGGAGCGCAAGUCGGUACCAGAAGAAUGCGAGGAAUAAGAUGUGCUGUUUGUUGCUGAUCCUAGCGAUUAUUUUGACGGUUGUUAUUCUUGCUGUUGCUUUGGGAUAG